AUGCUUCGUCUGGUGGUCUUUGUCGGCGUCUUCGCCUUCUCGUUGGCAGCAGCUCCGCGACAGUUGGCUCAGGCUAGAGCUGGAGGAAAACGCCAAGAAGGACAAGCUCAAGUUAUCAUAGUAACCUACUUCAACUACGUAGCAAGCAUGAGUUCUUUUCAACUUUGGCUAGUAAGAUCAAAUGUGGAGCGGCUUGAGGAAAGCCAUGAUAUUUUCUACGACCCUCAGCUAAUCGAUGUGAAAGCAGCGAACAUCGAUGGAAUGUUCGGUGCCGUCUAUACCAUCCAGGGUGUGAAAUGUGAAAAGGUGGAGCGGCUUGAGGAAAGCCAUGAUAUUUUCUACGACCCUCAGCUAAUCGAUGUGAAAGCAGCGAACAUCGAUGGAAUGUUCGGUGCCGUCUAUAACAUCCAGGGUGUGAAUUGUGAUAAGGUACACACAGUACUGUUCCUUAUGUGA